AAAUCUUCUCAAAGCUCGUCAAAAUCGCCACCCCAAAACGCAGUCCUAAGAAACAAGGGUUCAAAAAGCUCAAGAAAAACGCUGAUUUUGAUUUUCUUCUCCCUGAAAAAACCCCAGAAACCAAAAUCGCUAAACCUCUGUUUUUUUGCUCUUCCACCUUCUGAAAACCCUGAAAAACCCACCAUUUUUCUUGAUCUUGAUGAAACAUUGAUCCAUUCUUCUGCUGAUUUGCCUUCUAAACCCUUCGAUUUCGUGGUUCGCCCGAAAAUCGAAGGCGAAACGAUGGAUUUUUAUGUCAUUAAACGACCCGGGGUCGAUGAGUUUCUUGAUUUUUUGUCAAAGAAGUUUGAGAUUGUGAUUUUUACAGCAGGAUUAAGGGAGUACGCCUCGCUCGUGCUCGACAACUUGGAUAAAAACAGGGUAAUUAAUCAUCGGCUAUACCGCGAUUCUUGCAGAGAAUUGGAUGGAAAAUAUGUUAAAGAUUUGGCUCAAAUGGGGAGAGAUUUAUGGAAAGUUGCAAUUAUUGAUGAUAAUCCGAAUUCAUUUUCUUUUCAGCCGGAAAAUGCUAUUCAAAUUAAGCCUUUUAUUGAUGAUUUACAGGAUAAUGAGCUUAGUAAAUUGAUUCGGUUUUUCGAUGCUUGUGAUGGUGUUAAGGAUAUCAGGGAUGCUGUCAAGUUGUUUGCUCAUGAUAAUCUUCAACAAGAUUUAUUGGAUUGAAAAAUUUGUUGGGUUUUUUGUUUUGUUUUUUUUUUUUUUUUUUUUUUUGGUGCUUUGUUUUUCAGAUUUGAUCUGGGUAUUUUUAGGUUAAGUUUCAUUGAACAUAUUUCGUUCAAUUAGCAAUGUUAAAGAUGAAGAUGUAAUGAAGUUUAACAAGAAAUGAAAUCACAGUUUUAACUCUUUUUGCAUUGUUAUUUUACCACCAUUUUAUUAUUUGAAUGUGCUUUUAUGAUAUUUAGCCAUUAUUUUUAGCUUUGUAUUAUUUUACUUUUCCUUUAUUCCUUUAGUUUCUUUUUACGAUAGAGUGAGAAUCAAGACUAACUCUUCCUUCAUAUUUAGAACUUCAGUGGUACCAUAACUAUGCUCACACACAAAUGAGUAUCGUUUGAUUUGUUUCAAUAGUUUGUACA